GAGAUGGAGGAGGAGAUGAAGGAGGAGUUCUGAGCAGCUUCGGAGCUCCAGUCCGGGAUUUGCUUGGCGAUAAGCAGCCGGGAAAGUUGGGAAAACUCUUUCUGAAGACUUUUCGUACCCAUGACAUUUAUCAGGGGUCCUACAGAGACAAAUACUGGAAUUGUGCAAUGUUCAAGGCAGUGCUGAAGAAGAACAGAGAUGGAGGCAAAGGGAGCAAGAAAGAGUCAGGUGAUAUUCAAAGCCACAAUGCCCAAAGAAGAGGCCUCCCAGAUGGAAACUCACAGCUUCAGGCACCUUCUAGUGGACACCCUGGCUUCCAUGAUGAAGUUUUCAGGCUAAGUCUUGCUAAGGGAGUGUCCAUGUCCCUGCCCUCAUCACCGCUGUUGCCACGGCAGUCAUACAUGAUGCCGCUACGCCCCAGCAAAAGAUCCCCAGGUCCCACCAGGAAACCGAAAUAUGUGGAGAGUCCUCGUGUUCCUUCUGAUGCCAUCGUUUCAGCGCUGAGGAAGGUGGCCGAAAACAAGGACUCCACUCACAAUGAGCUGCAAACAGAGAAACAGCCAAGCUCCUCCUCCUCCCCUGCCACUCAGGAACUGAUGACAAGGCUGGGCUUCUUACUGGGAGAAGGGAUCCCGGGUACGGCACGCAUACCUAUGGACGACAAGAAUGAAAAGAAGUGUUCUGCUGCUAGCCAGGGUAUCAGCCCCUGCUCUACACUAACCAGCAGUACAGCAUCUCCUAGUGCUGACAGCCCAUGUUCCACACUUAACAGCACGACCGGUCGACCCCCACUCAGCUGCUCCAGCCCCUGUGAGACCAUCACCAGCCCUAGCUCAACACUUGAGAGCAAAGACAGCGGAAUCAUAGCCACCAUUACAAGCUCUUCAGAGAACGAUGACCGCAGUGGCUCCAGCCUCGAGUGGAGUAAAGAUGGCAGUUUAAGGAGCAGCGGGCGCCAUGGCCUGGCACCGGGUGUGCGGGCUGAUACCUGCUCUCCUGUGGCAGAAGAAGAGUCCAAUAGUGCCACCGCCGCACCACCUGACACCCAGUCCAGGACAGACCAACAGCAUCAGUCCAACAUAUCAACAGCGACAGCAGGGUUGUCACAUCCUUCAAGUCAGACGCCUGAGGGGCCAAUUUCUUACCCUACACAGACAUCUGCUUCCCUCAUGAUCAAGACCAAUUCUGUUGCAGCGACCAGUUCCACAAAGCUGGAAGACCUUAGCUUUUUUGAUGAACAGCGCAACACACCCUUGCGGACAUCUAUUCGCCUGCCCUGGCAUAAUACAGGAGGAAGGCCGCCUCAGGACUGUAAAGCUCGCUUUGCUCCCUACAAACCUGUGGACAUCAUGCUGAAGCCCUUGUUGUUUGAGGUGCCCAGCAUCACAACUGACUCUGUGUUUGUGGGACGGGAUUGGCUGUUUCAGCAGCUGGAAGACAUCCUGAUGGCCAGAGAAUCCACUGAAAAUCGUGGUGCUGUUGUUGUGGGCAGCGUGGGUUAUGGGAAAACUGCUAUCAUCUCCCGGCUAGUAGCGUUGAGUUGCCAUGGAGGGCGCAUGCGUCAGAUUGCCUCCAACAGUCCUAGUGCCUCCCCAAAAGGUGCAGGGGGAACAAAUGCUGAGCUUCCUCUCAGCCAGCCUCCACAGCGAACUCCACCUUCCAGUGCUGCCAACACGCUGAGGACAAACAGCUGUCCAGGGACCCCUGAGAUGCAGCGGCGCAGGGAGGAAGCCGUCAAACGGUUGGCUACAAAGGUGGUGGCAUAUCACUACUGCCAGGCGGAUAACACAUAUACUUGCUUGGUACCCGAGUUUGUACAUAGUAUUGCUGCGCUGUUGUGCAGAGCACACCAGCUCAGUGCAUAUCGGGAGCUGCUGCUGAAGGAACCUCACCUCCAGAGCAUGCUUAGCCUGCGCUCCUGCGUCCAAGAUCCCAUGGGCUUCCGGAGAGGCGUGCUCGAACCAUUGACCAGCCUGUUUCCAGAGCGGAAGAUUCCAGAAGAUGAUCAUAUCAUCUUGAUAGAUGGGCUGAAUGAAGCAGAGUUCCACAAACCUGACUACGGAGACACUAUUGCCUCCUUCAUCACCAUCAUCACCAAGUUUCCUCCGUGGCUGAAACUGGUGGUUACUGUCCGCGUCAAUUUGCUGGAGAUCACCAGUCUGCUCCCCUUCUCCAAGAUCUCCUUGGAUGACAUCACUGACAACCAAGACAUAAACAAUGACCUCAAUGCCUACAUCCAGUACCGCAUCAAUGGCAGCAAGGAUAUCAUGAACAACAUUGGCCUGAAUGGAAAGGCCGACCCCGUUACAGUUGGCAAACUGGGCAGCCAUCUGAUCUCACGCAGUCAAGGUUCCUACUUGUAUCUCAAGCUCACACUGGAUCUGUUUGAGAGAGGCCACCUGGUGAUCAAGAGUGCCAGCUACAAGGUUGUGCCCGUCUCACUGACUGAGCUCUACCAAUUACAAUGCAACAUGAAGUUCAUGACCAAUUCUGCAUUUGAACGCUCACUGCCCAUCUUCAAUGUGGCACUUGCCUCGUUGCACCCCAUGACUGAUGAACAGCUUUUCCAGGCCAUCAAUUCUGGUAGCAUCCAAGGGGAGCUGCAGUGGGAGGACUUCCAACAGCGCAUGGAGCUUCUCUCAUGUUUCCUCAUCAAACGGCGUGACAAGACACUGUUUUGUCAUCCUUCCUUCAGAGAGUGGCUCGUGUGGAGAGGUGAUGGAGAGAGCACGGACUUCCUCUGUGACCCCAGAACUGGCCAUGCCCUUAUGGCCUUCAUGCUGUCACGCCAAGAGGGCAAACUGAACCGCCAGCAGACCAUGGAGCUGGGACACCACAUUCUGAAGCACCAUCUCCUGCAGGGCCUGAGUAAGAAAACAGGUGUGUCAUCCAGCGUGCUGCAGGCUUUGUGGAUCAGCUGUAGCGCUGACGGUCUUUCUGCAGCUUUGGCUUCCCUGAGGAACCUGUACACACCCAACGUAAAGGUGAGCCGUCUGCUGAUGUUGGGCGGGGCGAAUGUGAAUUACCGUACAGAGGUCCUGAACAAUGCACCGGUACUUUGUGUUCAGUGCCACCUUGGUCACCAAGAAAUUGCCUCCUUGCUCCUUGAAUAUGGCGCCAGUGUAGAAGUGGUGGCUGAAAAUGGCAUGAACCCACUCUGCUUCUCAGCCGCUGCAGGACACUUGGGACUCGUUAUGCUGCUCUGCAAGAGGGGUGCCAAGCUGGAUCAUGUGGAUAAGAGUGGUCAGUGUGCACUGGUCCAUGCUGCUCUGAGGGGACACACGGAGAUCAUCCAGUACUUAUUGGAGCUGGAAUGGCGUACUGAGGACCAGGCUGAGGACUGCACGCUGAAGGCUAAAGCCCUGCAGCAGGCUCUGAUAGCAGCCUCCAGCAUGGGACACACACAGGUUGUGAGAGGCUUGCUGGCGUUGAAUAAUGAGCAUGCUGUGCAAAUUGAUUGCCAUGACACUCUGUGGGGAGAGACAGCGUUGACGGCAGCAGCAGGACGGGGGAAGAUGGAGGUUUGCAGCUUCUUGUUGGAGGAGGGUGCGGUGGUGCAGCAGGUCAACCGUCGAGGAGUGUCUCCAGUAUUCGGUGCUGUCAGACAGGGACACUGGCAGAUUGCAGAGCUGCUGUUGGAGCACGGUGCCGACAUCAACGUCAGUGACAAGCAGGGCAGGACACUGCUAAUGGUGGCCGCCUGUGAGGGUCACCUGAACACGGUGGACUUCUUGCUUUCUAAAGGUGCAUCUUUGACUUCAACGGACAAAGAGGGAUUGACCACUCUGAGCUGGGCGUGUUUAAAAGGACAUAAGAAUGUAGUGCAGUUUUUGGUGGAGAAAGGCGCGGUCAUUGACCACACAGACAAAAAUGGGCGAACUCCACUGGACCUCGCGGCCUUCUAUGGAGAUGCAGAAAUUGUCCAGUACUUGGUGGAAAGAGGAGCAGUGAUCGAGCAUGUGGACUACAGUGGGAUGAGACCUUUGGACCGAGCCAUAGGCUGCAGGAACACCUCAGUGGUUGUGACUUUGCUGAAGAAAGGGGCCAAGCUGGGUAAUGCUGCUUGGGCCAUGGCUACUUCCAAGCCUGAUAUCCUGAUUAUCCUUCUGCAGAAGCUGAUGGAGGAGGGAAACCUGCUUUAUAAGAAAGGAAAGAUGAAAGAAGCAGCCCAGAGGUACCAGUACGCCCUGAGGAAGUUUCCUCGAGAAGGCUUUGGCGAGGACCUGAAGGCGUUUAAAGACCUCAGGGUCUCACUGUACCUCAAUCUCUCCCGUUGCCGCAGAAAAACCAACGAUUUUGGGAUGGCUGAGGAGUUUGCAACAAAAGCGCUGGAGCUGAAACCCAAAUCCUACGAAGCCUACUACGCUCGUGCACGAGCUAAGAGGAGCAGCAGGCAGUUCACGGCAGCGCUCGCUGACCUGCAUGAAGCUGCCAAAUUGUGUCCCAAUAACCGAGAAAUUCGUCGCCUGCUGGCCCGAGUUGAGGAGGAAUGUAAGCAGAUGCAGCGUUCUCAAACCAAAGGAGGCCCAGUUGGAGCUACAGCUGCCUGCCUCCAGGCAUCAGGAGGCCACGACUCUGACCAGGAGGAGGGGCACGAGGAGCGCUCAGAGCACAGCCUGGCCAGGAGUUUUGAAGGUCAAAGAGACAUCCUGGAAGAGGAAGAGGAGGAGGAGGACGACAACUCGCAGCACAACAGGACAGCUGAGGCCUGUUGGCCAAAGAACAAUUAUUCCUUCAACAGAGGCUUGAGCUCUGACCCUGCAAGCAACGGUCUGGGCCAUCAGAAUUUCUGUGCGAGUUCACCCCCAGGACCAAGCAGGCUUCCCUCCCAUCGCUACCCACGUGAACACCGAGACGCUCUGACCCAGCAGGGUCUGGUCCUGCAGCCAACUAAGCAAGCCCAGAUUGUCAAGACCAACCAGCACAUGAUCUCCAUGCAGGCCGGGGGAGGAGUGGCAGGAGGGAGGGGUAAAUCUCAGUACGCUCCCUCCAGUCCUUUACCCAGCCGGCACAUGUCAAGCAUGUUGAAGCCAGGCCCAGGUAUCGACAUCAGCCCUCUACCGCCCCCAACAGAUGAGCCUGUGUAUGCGAAUCGUGUGUCGCUGGCAGCUGCCUAUGAGGAGAGCAACCAGGCCUCCUACAGCGUCGGCAAGAACCAGGGGUCCGACAGACUGCCUGCUCACUCUGCCUCCCCUCUGGACGGAUUCUCCUGCUCCGGUCCUGGACUCCACGGGAACCGCAGCGAGCCAAAGGACGGGCUGUGUGGUGCAGCGGGCAGCAGCAUGCGUGUGUCCAGUUCCACCAGCAGCCUGGCGUCCAGCAGCAGCUUGUCAGAGAGCGGCAAGCUGGGGCCCGACGUGCGCCUCAAGAUCUCUGACAAGACGAAACACAGCCAGCAGGGCGGCGCUGCAGCCGAGUACAAACCCCGACCCUUCAUGGGCGUGACUGAUAAGACGGCCCGCAUUCAGCAGCAGAGCGCGCAGUGUGCAGGCCGCAGCUGGCUCAGCUCAUCCGAAGGACUGAUGUGUCACAGCAUGUCAGCCGCGCCGCAGCCUGGCGACUACGAGCCGCCUUACGCCAAAGCAGCAAGCACUUACCAGGAGCAGCACAAACCAACACCUCAGGGUGCCAUGGCAGCUGGCAGCUUCCAAAACGGGAUGCACGCUAAGGAAUUUGCGGAGAAGUUCUGCCAAGCUGCCAACUGUUACAAAGAGUCGAAGCCAUCUCUGGCUCUGCCGCACACGUUCAUGGACAGUAAACCCAAGCAGCCCAGCUUGGGUCGAGAUAAUCCCGCCCUUCACGUAGCUUCGAUGAAACCAAAGCGAUCAUUUAUAGAAUCAAACGUGUAGAUAUUUAUUCAGCGCACACGCUGGCAAAAAAAAAAACUACAGUUGAAGGAGAUUUUUUUUUUUUUUGUAAAACCCGUCCCCGGGUUUUAAAAGAAGUUCCACUUUUAAGCCUUGUAAGAAGAACAGUGUGCAAUUUCUCUCCUUUAAACAUACUGGUUGUGGCCGUCAGUUUCUGUUACGUGAUGACACGCCCUCCGUCAUUCAGCCAAGCUGGAGACGUCGCACUGAAGAGAGAGCUUGGGCACGUUUGUACAUUCGCUAUCAGCCACACAGCGAGCACUUUAUACCCAGUUAGUCCGUUCAAGUGCUUCAACCAUAUGUUCAGUUACUGCGUUGUCUUUUUUGGGACUGUUCUGAAUGAGUGAAGGGGGCGGGGUCUCAUCAGUGUUCAUUCCAUCCAUGGUGCUGAGAGGACGUCUGAAGCACGGGCAUUCCUGUGUUUUCCAAAGGAUGUAGAUGCUCCUGUUACUGUAAAUACGUACUUUUGCGUCUCUUCUGUGUUCAGUGUUUCCAGCAGGUCAGACUCGUGUGUAUUUUGACUCUCAUGCAGUGUUAUUCAAAUGGUGUUAAAGGAACAAGAAGAAGAAGAAAAAAACAUUUGUUAAAUACAUUUGUACAUUCUAUAAAUCACCAUUAACAUGAUCUGCUUGUUGUUGCUGUCUAAUUUAUUUACAGUGCCGACGGCUUGGUUAAUUGUUAAAGCAAUAUAUUUUAUAUAGUUAUUUUUGCACAGCUAAUGAGACAUUUUAUGAUUCUCAACAAUAUUGAGUUUAAGCGCAUGUUAUAUUACAGAGUUUAAAGGGUGGGGGGGUGGAUUGAAUAAAAGCAGUCUCGGGGCACAGUGCCGUCCGCUCUAUUUUAAUGCAACUGUUGCGAUGUUUUCAGUAUUGUGAGCUUUAUUAGCUGUGAUCACAUACUGCUAUAGAACAUUACUGCCACCAUGGGAGAGAGAAAUAAAGACCGUCUGUCGCAAA